AAUCUGGGUUGCUACUGUAGCUAAUGUUGUGAUUUAUUUUGUGUGACAUGAGUUUAGUGAUUAUGGGUACUGAAGAAGAGGAUAAUAAGAUAGAAAUAUAGAAAUCUGGGAAUGCUGAUAACGGGGUGAAUGUAUUGAGACCGGGAACUGGUUCUGUGAGAAGGAGGGUUAGUUGGUUAGUGGGCAUAAUGGGUGGCAUGUGUUGCAAGCCCUCUGCCAUUGAAGACAGUAAGGAGAGUCCAAGGGAGCGUUUAUCGAGCAAGGCUGUGUCGGACUUGCGUGUAUCUAGGGGAACUUCAUCGAGGAGGGAGGAAGUUUUUAGGGUAAAAGAUAGAUAUGAUAACAAUGAGGGAAGAACGACAUUGAUUGAUAAGCAAGGGAAUGGUUCUGCUAGAGUGCAAGGUGAUAGUAUUGAAAGAAAGAGGGAGAAAAUGGAAUAUGCUGUUGCUCCACAUCCGGGGAUUGGUAGUGUUCCCAAAGCCAUGGAAGGUGAACAGGUUGCAGCUGGGUGGUCUGGUUUUUAUGCAGGUUCGAUUGUAGAGCGGGAAGGUGCGGUGGCGUGUGAUGGCUGCCAUGGAGGUUGGGCAACGGCGAGGAAGCUCGCGAGGUGA